UUGACUAUUCAGUUGAUGCAGAUUUUUGGGCUCAAGACGCUAGUCCGGAGCUUUUUGCCCCAUCAAAGUGCAGCUGUCAGUCGUCCAAUUAACUUUUUACUGGAUAUUAUACUGGAAAUGCUUCAGAAGGGUGAUUUUUAUGGUGGUAGUAUCUCAAGCAGUGAUUCUGACAAGACUCAUAUUAGAUUAGCUGCUGCAAAGUCCGUUCUUCAGCUCUCAAGAAGGUGGGAUUCACUCAUUUCACCACAACUUUUCCGCUGCACGGUUUUGACGGCCAAGGAUAAUUCUCCUCUAGUACAGAGACUGUUUGUUAAGAAGGUGCAAAAGCUUUUGAGGGAGCAUAAGAUCCCUUGUAGAUAUGCAUGUGCAUUUCCAUUUGCUGCCACAGACUCUCCAGAAGAUCUACAACAAAUUUCUUUGAAGUACAUGGAAGAAUUUGUACAGGAAUAUGGAAAUACAGCAAGAAUAAAUCAAAUAUCUACAAUGCCUGGACAUGUGACUGGUCUUCCUGUUUACGUAGUGGUUUUCUUGAUCCACAUCCUAGCUCAUGAUCCAAAUUUUCCCACUGCUGAUCAUCAUGAUGCCAACUUCUGUGUUCAGUUUUUCAGUCCACUUGUUUUCAGCUUGCAGGCGUUGGUUGAUUUUAAUUGCUCUGAUGGCACUGUGGACCUCAUUAGUAAAGCUAUUUCAUACUUGAGAAGCAUCUUCCAUGCUAUAAAAAAAGCAGAGGAUGCUGUUGAUGCACAAAUUACACCUAAGCUUCAUGUUUUGUCAGAUAUUGGGAUUUCUUUGUUGGAUGCAAUAGGUAACACACGCGUCUCUCGUUCACAUAUCCCUGGACUUAUUUUGCUACCAUCUUCACUGUAUAAAGUGGGUCAAAAACAUAUUAGUCAGGGAAACAGUGAUCUUUUAAUUCGUUUUCACCAAGAUGAAAGUUUCAUUAGGAAAUUACUUGAUAGUUCGAAAAAUAAAGCUCAAACUGCUGGCUCCAUUAAUGCACCAAACCAAAAAUGUCAAGAUGGCAUGACUCGGUCAGGUAACAGUGGGGGCAGCAAAUUGGAAAUGCAAUUUUGCAAAAAGGGACCUCUUCCGUUGAGCAUCAUAAAAGAGAAAUAUUCAGAUAAGGAAGAGUUAAGUGAAACUUCAAACCAAGAGCUCGAUACUAGAGAAAGACAAAAAACAUCUGAACCAUGUUCAGCUUCUGCAUCAUUUGAAUUACAUAAGGAGUUUUCGAUUGACGAUGAACAUGAAGAUGAUGCACAUGGAGCCAUUGAAGCAGUGAUUAGAACUGAGCAUCUUCCAUAUCAUUCAAGAACUCGCAGUUCACGACCCUUGUCUGAUAAGAAGGAUGAACAUCCAUGUUCUCUAAAAGAAAAAGAGACAAUCUCAAGAUGUCAAACAAUUAUGCGUGAGCGUUACAAAUCCGUGAAAGGCAACAGCUCAGAUAUUCCCAUCUCAAAGGAAAGCAAAAAUAAAGGUGAAAAGUUAAUCAGGCAGCAAAUAGAACUGUGCUCUUCCGAGGAUAAAUGUUGUUCUGGAAGCACAGAGGCUUUCGAUUCUAGCGACAACACUCUCAAGAUCACCUAUGACAGCAGGGAAGCUGAGGUUGUCAGUUUGGAUAGUGAGAUUUUGGGGACUUUAAGUAGCCAUUCCUUGCUUGACCAGGAUUCCUGUGGUCUGCAAUCACGGUGCUGGAAAAGUGGUGACAUGAUUGGAUAUGUCUCUCAACAAGAAGCUGACUUGUCAAAGGAUGAAGCUACUUUUGGUAGUAAAAAGACUGCUUUAGCUGAAAUAAAGAAGCGGGGUAGUGUUCUUGUUGACUCAUCACUUUCUGAAGUCAUUAAUGUGAAUGAGGAUCCCAUUGCCCGAAGGACUCGAAGUCGGAGAGGUUGAAUAUGUUUUACAAAGAUAAGCUAAGGGCUAGCUUGUUAGUAAUUUUUGUUUUUGGACAUUGACCAUCUCAUAGCAGGCAUACUUGAUUUAUUACAUAAAGUUUCAUCAGUAAUCCUCUAGCAAAUAGCUGUCUUCGGGCAGGAGAUGAGGUUGGAUGUUGUGAAUAGUUAAAUGAGAUGAUGUGUUUAAAGUUAGUGUUUAGAUGGUGCAACUCCAACCCCCUGUAUGGUCGCUGUAAAUAUUGAAUAUGUUAAUCUGACAAGCUUGCUAGUGUCAAGCUGUUGAUGGGUCUUCUCAUACAAGUGAAGAAACUUUCUGAUCCAAACUAUAGAAGUAUAUUUGCCGAAAGUUAUCUUAAUGGAUGUCAUUAUGAUUUCGAGAA